AUGAGAGAAAAUCCAGAAGAUUUGGAGCUUGUCAGAACUGUUGUUUUGGCGAGACAUGGGGCGAGAAGCACGCUUUGCUAUUUGGAAGAAUUAGGACCAUCAACAUGGAAUGACCCGAAACUCUUCGAAGCUCCCGAUCAUGUGAAACAAGUCAAAGUCAACUGGACCGAUGUUGGCGGCGGAGAUCCUCCAAAGGCUCAAUUUUCCGGAGGACUCCUUCCUUGCGGAGGUCAGCGGGGAGAACUGACAGUGAGGGGAUACGAAGGAAACGCAAAGAUUGGAAAGUACCUGAAGACGCAACUUGGGGAAAUCAAGGAAGAGGAUGUUUACGUCCGGAGCACGAAUACUACUAGAACAGUGGAAAGCGCAAGAGCAAUCGUCGCUGGAUUUUUCGAUAAAGAAAUGGAAGUUACUAUCGAAACUCCUGCAAAUGAUGAAGAUGAUUUUUUGACCCUUCAUCGAUCAGCAAAAGCCGCCCUAGAAAAUCUUCAAUGGCCCUGGGGAGCAACUUGCCUAUACGAACCUUUUCAGGGGAAAAUGUCGAAGAUUAUUAAAGAAGUCGAGAUUUUGAAGAAAAGACCUGAAGGAGAGCAAAGACAAUUUUUGCCGAUCGGAGUUUAUGAUGAUUAUAUGUGCAGAAAAGAGCAUGGGUUUAAAAUUAACAAUGAAGACAAAAUGGAUUCGGUGGCGAAAGAUUUGGAGGAACUGGCUGUUUUGACCAAACAUAUCAUCAAUGGAAUAAGCGACGAAGAAAGACAAUUUGUUCUGUCGCUCAAAGCAGGAAGAUUGCUUCAAUACAUUGUUUCUGAAUUGAAAAAGCCCUUGUCAAUCCUCAGUGUUCACGAUACAACCCUCGGACCAAUGCACCAAGCCCUCACGCACAAAACAGUAAAAGAAACUGGCAAACUAUGCGUCUAUCCUCCUUACUCCGCCCACAUCGACUUCUACUUUUACAAAAACGCCAAAAACGAAGAGUUCAUCCAAGUCGAUUUUCAGCGCGAACCAAUCUUGUUCAACGGAAAAACCAUCAUUUCUCUAGAAGAGUUUUUGGAGGAAACGAAAUGGUUCAGAAUGACACAGGAAGAGUUUGAGAAGAAGAAGAGCCAGGAGCCGCCGAUUCCUGCGAGAGGGAUGAUUAUGGCAGUAAUAACACUUCCUCUCGGCUUGUUGCAGGAAUUCACCAUCUACCACAAACGACAAGCCGCGAGAGACCACUGUAAAGAAGCACAUGGAACUAACUGUGGCCUGAAUACCAUCCAACUUGAGCAGCGCAACAUCUCCGACCCCGUGCACACCUACAACUUCGGAUUUCAGACUGAUUUCUACAAGUGGUGCUUGGUCACUCAACUGAUUUGCUUACUCGUCAUUGGUUUUCUCGUCAUAAUUCAGAAAAUAACCAAUAAAGCGAUUUGA